UUGGCAAUCCUCCGUGGAUUUUCCUGUUGCGUAAUCUAAUUAAUAUUCAUUCACCAAGCUUUCAAGCGCCAAUCACUUAGGGCUACUGAGCGAACGUCCCAUUACGUAAUUAAUAUUCAGGACCCAAGCCUUUGCAGAGUUUCAUGGGCGGAGCGGUGGGAGGAGUUUUACGGGUACCGGUGUGUUGGCGUCUGAACCGCCGAGGAAAGUGAGUCAAGAGUCCGACGUUUGCACAGGAUGGAUCGGGGGUGAAAUAACUCUGGAUCUAAAUAACUCCAGGAAUUCAGCCGAGUUGCAGCUAGUGGAAAGUAAUCAGAGAAGCGAGACUCCAUGCGGGUAUCUGCUCAUGGUGACUCCAUGUUCUCCUCCAUCACCAGCUCCAUCUCCGACCCGCGUUUCCGGUUCCGAUGGCGGGCCAUCAUCAUGGCAACUGUACUGGCGUUGGGCCUCCUGCUGUACCUGCACCAAACAUCAUCAGACACUGCCAAAUACAGCGCAGACAGUAGAGGGACCGUCCAGCGAUCGUGGCGUCCCACGCGGGAUGUUUCGGGCGUGAUGGCUGCUGCCGAGUUAGUCAGGACACGUUACAACGACACUUACCUGCUCAGCCCUCCGGAACACACGUCUGACGGGAUCCGCUACCGGAUCGGAGUCAUAGCGGACUUGGACACGGACUCGCGCAGUAAAAAGGACAACACGUGGUUUAGUUACCUGAAACGGGGCCACCUGCUGGUGUCUGAGAGCGGUGACAGCGUUUCCGUGGACUGGGAUCCGGACACGGUGAUUCUGGAAAGCCAUGUGUCAGAGAAGGGGCGGGGCAUGGAGCUCUCGGAGCUGGUGGCAUUUAACGGGCACCUGUACAGCGUGGAUGAUCGCACAGGUGUGGUGUACCGUAUAGAGGGAAACAGAGCCGUGCCGUGGGUCAUUCUGCCUGAUGGAGACGGCAGCGUAUCUAAAGGUUUUAAGGCGGAGUGGAUGACCGUAAAAGAUGAGCAUUUGUAUGUCGGUGGUCUCGGUAAGGAAUGGACGACCAUCACCGGCGAGUUUGUCAACAACAACCCGGAGUGGGUGAAGGUGGUCGGUUUCCAUGGUGACGUGGAGCACGAGAACUGGGUACCGCAUUAUACCGCGCUCAAGAAAGCAGCCGGAAUCAAACCACCAGGUUAUCUCAUUCACGAGUCGGGUGUGUGGAGCGAGCGUCUUCAGCGGUGGUUCUUUCUCCCUCGCCGCGCAAGUUCUGAACGUUACGACGAAACCGCAGAUGAACGUCGCGGCACAAACCUCAUUCUGAGCUGCUCGUCUGAUUUCAGUCAGAUCUCCGUGUCGCGCGUCGGCCCGUUGAAACCCACGCUCGGAUUUUCCUCGUUCAAAUUCAUUCCUGACACGGACGAUCAGAUCAUACUGACGCUCAAAUCUGAGGAGGACGCGGGGCAUAUCGGCACCUACAUAACGGCCUUCACACUGGACGGACGCGUACUGCUGCCCGAUACAAAGAUCGGAGACGUUAAAUAUGAGGGUCUGGAGUUUAUAUAGAUCAGAAGGUGAAUGAUUGGUCAGUGGAGUUCAAGGGUCUUUGGCCGUUAUCAGUGGCCCAAAAUACAUAACAGAAAACUGCAGUAAGGUGACGAAUAACUAAACAGGGUUAUCAUAUAAAGAAUAUAUUUUUUUAUAUAUAAUUUAAUAAUAAUAAUAAUGAGGCUGACUAUCACCGCUGGAGUCGUGAGUUUGAAUCCAGGGUGUGCUGAGUGACUCCAGUCAGGUCUCCUAAGCAACCAAAUUGACCCGCUUGAUAGGGAGGGUAGAGUCACAUGGGGUAACCAAAUUGGGCCGGUUGCUAGGGAGGAUAGAGUCACAUGGGGUAACCUCCUCGUGGUCACUAUAAUGUGGUUCUCGCUCUCGGUGGGGGGUGUGGUGAGUUGUGCGUGGAUGCCGCGGAGAAUAGCGUGACGCCUCCACACGCGCUACGUCUCCACGGUAACACGCUCAACAAGUCACGUGAUAAGAUGCGCGGAUUGACGGUCUCAGACGCGGAGGCAACUGAGAUUCGUCCUCCGCCACCCGGGUUGAGGCGAGUCACUACACCACCACGAGGACUUGGAGCGCAUUGGAAAUUGGGCGUUCCAGAUUGGGGAGAAAUUAUUUUAAACAUAAAAUAAAAUAUUUUAAACAGUGACAUUUUAUAACAGUGAUAUUUUUAGACCUGGGAAUUCAUGGAAAUGAACAAAUUCCUAAAAAAAUCAUGGAAAUGUCCU